GACUUCUGAGCAGUCGUGAUGGAGAACUCCUCAGCAGCUUCAGCUUCCUCAGAAGCAGGGAGCAGCCGUUCUCAGGAGAUUGAGGAGCUGGAACGCUUCAUUGACAGCUACGUGCUGGAAUACCAGGUGCAGGGGCUCCUGACAGACAAGACAGAAGGUGAUGGGGAGAGUGAGAAGACUCAGACCAACAUAUCCCAGUGGCCAGUGGACUGCAAUGACCAAUUGGAUGGCAGUUGUUCAUCCUCUCAAGGGAGAGGUCCCUCUCAACAGAAUGGCAACAAAGACAACUCUAUGGACAUGUUGGGUACCGAUAUUUGGGCUGCCAAUACUUUUGAUUCUUUCCGGUGUGGAAAAGGGAAGCUGGAAGAUGGGGAAGGAAUCAACCUGAACGACAUAGAGAAAGUUCUCCCUGCCUGGCAGGGUUAUCAUCCAAUGCCCCAUGAAGCAGAGAUUGCACAUACUAAGAAAUUAUUCCGACGGAGAAGGAACGACCGGAGGAGACAGCAAAGGCCGCCAGGUGGGAAUAAAUCCCAGCAGCACAGUGAUCACCAGCCAGGCAGUGCCAAACACAACAGGGACCACCAGAAAUCCUACCAGGGGGGCCAGGCACCCCACCCCUCAGGGAGGCCCAACCACCAUGGCUAUAGCCAGAACAGACGGUGGCACCACAACAACCCAAAACACCCACCCGGCGACAAGGAGGCUGCUACCCAUCGCAACAACGCCAAAGAGACAGAGAGCCUGAAGAUCGAGGAUGCUCCCGUGUGCACCGUGCACAUCCCCCUGGACAUGCACCGGAACCCCGAUGCCUCACCAACAGAGAGGCCACCACCCCAGCAGCCUGGAGGCCUGGAGGUGGAGACCAAACGAAAAGACAGUAUUAUUAAUGAUCGGAUUGGGGAACGACCCAAAAUUAACCUGCUCCAGUCUUCCAAAGACAGGCUGAGGCGAAGACUAAAGGAAAAGGUACCGGAAGAAGUACCAGUGGUGCCACCCAACCCUCAGAGGAACAAAAUGGACAAGCUGAUAGAGAUCCUGAACAGCAUGAGGAACAAUAGCAGUGAUGUGGAUGCCCAGCUGACCACCUUCAUGGAAGAGGCCCAGAAUUCCACCAACUCAGAAGAGAUGCUGGGAGAGAUUGUCCGAACCAUCUACCAAAAGGCUGUGACAGACCGGAGUUUUGCCUUCACAGCUGCAAAACUCUGUGACAAAAUGGCCCUCUUCAUGGUGGAAGGGACCAAGUUCCGGAGCCUUCUUCUCAACGUGCUACAGAAGGAUUUCACCAUGCGAGAGGAACUGCAGCACAAAGAUGUGGAACGCUGGCUAGGGUUCAUCACUUUCCUCUGUGAGGUGUUUGGCACCAUGCGCAGCAGCACCGGGGAACCAUUCCGUGUCCUUGUCUGCCCCAUUUACACCUGCCUCAGGGAGUUGUUACAAUCUCAGGAUGUGAAGGAAGAUGCAGUCCUUUGCUGUUCCAUGGAGCUGCAGAGCACAGGUCGACUGCUGGAGGAGCAGCUGCCUGAAAUGAUGACGGAGCUCUUGGCCAGCGCUCGAGACAAGAUGCUGUGCCCCUCCGAGUCCAUGCUGACCAGGUCGCUGCUUCUCGAGGUCAUCGAGCUGCACGCCAACAACUGGAACCCCCUGACGCCCACCAUCACCCAGUACUACAACAAGACCAUCCAGAAACUGACGGCCUGAGGAGGCAGGGUGGGGAGGGCGGACAGGCCGGGGAGGGGGCCCCGAGGAGGGCAGGGCACAGGAGGGGACGGGAUGG